AUGGGCAAGUCAACAAAGCGACGAGAUCAGGCAGACGGCGCCUCGGCACCCCCCCAAAAGCGUCGCCGCCAUAGAGAACCCGAGCCUGAAACCGAUAUCGAUAGCGAGCGUGGCCAUUCCAGCUCUCCCAUCCCAGCGAAGAAGGUUCCAGGGCGCCCCGGCAAGAAUGCCACCACUGCCAUCAGCAAAGACACCCUGAAGGCAACCCGUUCCUUCCUCGAGAAACGCAGGCCACCUGUUCGAGAGGAGGACGUCGACAAGUAUGUCGGACCAACAGCUCCACCUCUGAAUAACAUGUGGACGCAACAAGACGAAGAUGCCAUGAUGGCCGAAUGGAAUGCAUCACCUGAGAAGGUGGUUUACGCAUCUAUCAACGGCCCGAACGGAGUGAUAACAACCAUGUGGAAAGUCUGCUUGCGAGUAUUCAGGUGCUCGCCCUUGGCUUUGAUCUCGCCGCGCCAGGGCCUGCGAUAUCAACCCUUGGCUGGGCCCUCUCAAGCCGGGUUGUGGUCCCGAGAGUUCUGCAACCGGCUUACGGCUCUUUUCGUCUACCCCGUUUGGCAAGGCCGUCCCAUACGACUGGCCAUGUUAUUGCAGUAUGCCGUCAUCUGUCGCACAGAUGAUCGCCGUCCAUGGAUCCCUCAUCCUAGCUGCAAUGCGCUUGCCAACCUGAGGCAAUCCAUGGAACAGAAUAAGGGCUCGCAACUUUUGCAAUCAGUCCACAAGAUGCACAAGGAAGCACGAGCAUUGGCCAUCCAGGCAGGUCAAGUGCCUUGCACCCUGUCUGAUCUCUUCCUCGCUAUCCAUCGGACGGUGAAGGGCUGGACCUUCGACAGAAUCCCAGAGGUUGUAACUUCCUCCAGCGGCUUCGAAGUUUAUUCCGUCACCAUCCACGACUUAAAAGUAGUUGCAGCGGCCAUUAAUGCCACUAUUAAUUGCACCGUUGAUGAGGCGUACGAGGCUUUCAAGACUGCAAAGGGGAGUGGACUUGAGAUUCCCAAGGCGAGCCAGCUUCGGGAAUUUUACGAGCGUGCAGCUCAGCAGCAGCUGCGACAGAUUGCAAUGGCGCACCGUGACGACGAGGGCGAGGGUGAGGGCGAGGGCGAGGAGAUGGCCGGGCCACAGCCAGAGUCUGAGUCUGAGUCUGAGUCUGAGCCUGAGUCUUCAGGUUCUGAGCCAGAACUCGAAGACCAUCCUGCAUCUGUUGGAGUCCCCGACGAUGAGCCCGAGUCUGAGUCCAAGCCUGAGUCUGACUCUGACUCUGACACCGAGAGCGAUGGUGAAUCUGACGAUGAGCCCUCGAGAAUGGACGUUGACGAUGGAUUUGUCCUUGGCUAUGAGGGUGAGGUCGAUGAUGCCCCCGCGUCUGUCCCUCCUGCUCUACUUCAAGUGCCCCCUCGACGCCGCGUACCGACCCUCCCUUCCCCGCAGGCGACUGCAACGAACGCCCCUAUGACUCCCAUGGCAUCCCAUAACAUGCAGGACGUCAUGAAGGUGGUGAAUGACAUCCUCAAGAAGGAACUUGACGAAAUGAAGUCGUCCCUUGAGUCAUUUCAAGAGGGUAUCCGGCUUGAAAUGACCAAGGUUCAAAAACGCCAGGAUGAGAUCCAGCAGUGUCAGGCUCGGCAAGAGGCUGCCAUAAAGGCCCUGACGGAGGCCAAGACAUCCCAACAUCAGGCGCCAGAGAACCUUGAGAAAGAGGUGGCGACCGGUGCCGAGGCCAUCGAAACUGUGAGUGAGCAGAUCCGAGGCAUCGAUGAUCGAAUCACGCCCGCCCGUCACUCGCAAGCCGACAAUGAACGUGUGACGGGCCGAGUUUCUGGAUCUCCCCUGCCCAGCACGGAGGAGAACCGGAGUGGGGUGAUGUGGAAAGGGACCAAACUCUACAUCCUGAACGCACCAAAGGAUUGGGAGCCUCCCCAGAAUUGCCCCGAGCCGCCAGAAAAGGAUGAGCUUUGGCUUAGCCGCAGGGGAUCGAAGAUGAGCCGCCAUCCUCUCGACUGCUUGCCCCAACGCGGCGAAUCGGCCAUCCAGCGUGCCAUGAGAUACCACGGUGACGCAAAGGAUAGCGUCUGA